UCUGCGGACAUUUCAGUGUGAAACUCGGUCGAGUAAUUUUCGUAGUCGGCUUUAAGUGCGCAAAAAUUUUUAAGUAAAUUAUUCCAUAAUAAAGAAUUCCGCGUAUAUAUUAUUAUAGGAUUUAAAGAGAAAAUUCUAAACGCUUUCUCUGCGUUUUUUUGUGAAAGUGUGUUUUUUAUAAAAAAAGAACAAACAAAAUGUCAGACAGAAAGGCUGUUAUCAAAAAUGCGGAUAUGUCUGAAGAGAUGCAGCAAGAUGCUGUUGAUUGUGCGACUCAAGCUCUGGAAAAGUAUAACAUAGAAAAGGAUAUAGCAGCAUUUAUCAAGAAAGAAUUUGAUAAAAAAUAUAAUCCAACGUGGCACUGCAUCGUAGGACGUAAUUUUGGAAGUUAUGUAACGCAUGAGACAAGACAUUUUAUAUAUUUCUACCUGGGUCAGGUAGCCAUUCUUCUCUUUAAGAGUGGAUAAGCUAAUUUCUAUUCUCACAUCUUUCCUUUCUUCUUUUCUCCUUUUCCUUACUGAUGAUACUAUACAGAACACGAAAUUACCGUACCAUUUGUAAAAACCAACUGCAUUAUGAUGAAUACGAGAUUUGCUUUAAAAAUAGUAAAGCAUACUCCUAACAAACAAAGUAAGAAAUAUCAACAUUAUCAAUUUGACAUUGUUAAUAGCUAAAUAUUUGGGAAAAAAUAGAUUGAGAAUGUAUGUAGAGAAAAUCAAAGGGUAGGAAACUAUCUGAAAAUUAUUGGGGUAUUAUUAAAUAUUUUGAAAUGUAUAGUAAAUGCUAAAACUUUGUUGUGUUCUUGUUUUAUAUUAGGUAAGUACGUGAAGUCGAAGCUAGGAAUUCACUUGGAGACACCAUGCCGACUAUCCUACACGCACACUACACAAACCAACUAUACUGUGACGUAUAUGAAAGAGCGAACGUCACUAUGCUUCUGACAUGCUUCCACUUGUAAGCAACAAAAAGUUUCAGCUCUGCAUGUAAUCACGUCUCAAUAUACGUUUGUGAGUUAGAAAAUCACCCUGUUCCCAAGAUGCACACAAAAAAAAAAUAUAUAAGUAUUCAACGAAAAUUGUUAAUUUGCGUUAAAUACUAUAAUUGACAGCAUAAUAGAAUAAUUAUAUGGGACGAAUUGAUUUCUAUUCAUUUAAGUAGAACGUAUGAAAGAAAAAAGAAUAUAUAUAUAAAUAUAUCUAAUUAUUUAGAUAUAUAUAAUACAUAUGGUUAUGUAUGCGUGGUGUUAUAUAGUCUUGCGUGAAUCUAGUGGAUUCCUAUCUUUAAGUUCUAAUUAAACAUUCAAGAUCCUGUAUAAAUAUUUACACACAGAAUAGACUAUUUCUUAUUUUGGACGAAGCAAGGAACAUAUGUAUAAUUUCUAGUC